CUUAGAAAAUACACGGUGGAAGACAAAGAAAAUAAAGAAAGUGAGAAUAUUAUACCCAUGUGUAGUGUAACGGUGUGUGUCUCAGCCCCCGUGACUUACCGCCGCCCACGCCCCCGGACUGUCACUGUGUGGGCGUGUGGGUGUGAUGGGUGUGAGUGUACGUGCGGGCAAGCGGGCGAGCACCACCAGGAUGAAAUAUGUGUACAGUAACAGACCAUGGAAGGUUAUACAUGUUCAGGAGAGCCUGGCAGAGGUGUUCCGCUGCUUCAUCUGCAUGGAGAAGCUGCAGGAUGCCCACCUCUGCCCUCACUGCUCCAAGCUAUGUUGCUACCUCUGCAUCCGCCGCUGGCUGACGGAGCAGCGGCCGCAGUGCCCACACUGCCGCGCCAACCUCCACCUGCAUGAGCUGGUGAACUGUCGCUGGGUGGAGGAGGUGACACAGCAGCUGGACACACUGCAGCAGGCUGGCGUGCGGCCACCACCUCCAGACACAGACAAGGACAAAUGUGAGCGUCACCAGGAGAAGCUGAGUGUGUACUGCUGGACCUGCGGCAAGUGCAUCUGCCACCAGUGUGCGCUGUGGGGUGGCACACACUCGGGCCACACCUUCAAGCCACUGGAGGAGGUGUAUGAACAGCACACCACACAGAUCAGGGAGGAGGUGGCACAGCUGCGGCGGCGGCUGCAUGAGUUGGUGUCUUUGGUGCAGGAAGUGGAGAGGAAUGUGGAGUCGGUAAGGGCGGCGAAGGAUGAGCGAGUCCGGGAGAUACGAAACGCCGUGGAGCUGAUGAUCGCUCGGCUUGACUCUCAGCUCAAGUCGAAGUUGCUCACGCUCAUGGGACAGAAAAACUCCCUCACGCAGGAGACAGAGCAGCUGGAGACUCUGCUGCAGGAGAUUGAACACCAGCUGCACACCUGCUCCAAAUCUGAGUUAAUCCAGCGCUCACCAGACCUUCACUCAAUGAUCACCCCUGUCAACAAGAAGCCCAUGGCCUCCUUCGUUACUGCUCCCGUGCCCGCUGACUUCCAGAGUGAAAUCGUCCCUCAGUACGACAGCAGCACCUUCGUCAUGAACAACUUCUCCCAGCUGCAGCACAAGGCAGACCCUGUGUACUCGCCGCCCCUCCAUGUCAACGGCCUCUCCUGGAGACUCAAGGUUUAUCCCGAUGGCAAUGGUGUGGUGCGGGGGAACUAUCUGUCAGUCUUCCUGGAACUCAGCGCUGGACUCCCGGAGACAUCAAAAUAUGAAUACAGAGUUGAAAUGAUUCAUCAAGGGUCCCGAGAUGCCAGCAAAAAUAUUGUGCGAGAGUUUGCUUCAGACUUUGAAGUGGGUGAGUGCUGGGGCUACAACAGGUUCUUCCGCCUGGACCUGCUGGCCAACGAAGGCUACCUCAACACAGAGACUGAUACGCUCAUCCUGCGGUUUCAAGUACGGCCGCCCACCUUCUUCCAAAAGUGUCGCGACCAGGUGUGGUACAUCCACCAGCUGCAGACCCUCCAGGCCCAGUACAUCCAACAGAUCAACAACCUGAAGGAGAGAAUUGCCAUCGAACUCUCCAGAAACUCUGUCACCAGCAGCAAGAACCUCAACGCCCCGACUGGCUUUGCCCGGGUGGAGCGGCCACAGUCUGCCUCUCCGAAGCCAAACCCUAUUGUACAGCACCCUCACCACCCCCACCCUCUGCCCCAGGCUAAGCCACAGAGGACGACACACCACAUCAACAAGAGUGUGGACCCUGUGGAGCUUGAAGCAGAGAGGCAGUCCACAAGUUCAUCUGAUACAGAGGAUCUGAGUGAGGGAGAGCUCAAUGACCAGGAGGAGGGGCCAGACCACAGUGUCACCACGGCAGAGUACGGCAGUAACGAUGAGAAUGACGUGGAUGACGAGACAAUGAGUGGAGACAACGACGUGGAGCACUCCGCAGCGUCGUCCCUCUUAGCUAGCCUGCACGAGGCGUCAGCGCUGCACGAGGGCCCCAUUCUCAAUCACAGCCAGUCCCACAGCUCCAGCUUCCUCUCAGACCUGGACUCCCUCACUGAGCAGCUCGGGGCCGUCGGCAGCAUCCAGCCAGAUCUGAGCUCUCCCCAGGGGGAUGAGAUGAUGCUGCUGCACCUGCUGGAGAUGCAGGGGCGGGGCGGCCCCGACCACCGCAGACCCUGGAGCAAGCCGGGCCUGGGGGGAAUCAGUUCGAGACACAAGUCAAACCGCAUGGUGCGCAAGCCUCUGUUGCCCAUCGCCUCCAGUGUGCUGGACACACUGCAGCUUGACAUGGCAACACUGCUUCAGACCAGCCUACCCUCCCACAGUGGCCUCUCAUCCCUCCAGACCCACCCAGGCCUGCCAGACCAUGACCGCCCUGUGCCUCAUCCACAGCACCCACACACACUCACCGCAGCCAGUGCCACUUCCAAGAGUGGGUAUCGGCCUCCACUCGCUCCUCGGCCACCCCUUUACACCCACCACUUAGCAGAGGAGGCCAAGAAGGAGGCGCAGUCCGUCCCAAGUGUGGCAGACAAGGACCUGAGUGAGUCAUCCAUGUGUGACCUCUCGCUGGAUCCUGUCUCCCUCUCGGACAUGACCCUGGAGGAGGGCCCACUCUCGGGGACAGAGGAACCUGAGACCCUCGGAGCAUCGGCAGCAGCCACCGCCAUGACAGCCACAGCGACGGUGGCAGGGCAGGCAUCUGGGAGUGGAGGAGGACCUGUGGCUGGCGACGGGGACGCCAACGUGAGCUCGGACCAACCCAGCGGCUACGUCAGCGACGGCGGAACUGAGGUACCUUGCAUCCCCGCCCUCAACACGGCAAGGCUCGUCGCACGCAUGAACAAAAUGGCAGAAACCAAAGGAAGUGAAAAGGUGGGGUGGGCAGCGGCAGCCGCUGGCCUCCCGUUUGCCCUUGGCUUCAAGAUGCCCGCAGAGAAGCACACCCAGGACAAAGCUCAGGACAAAGGCAGGGAUAAGGAUGACAGCAGGAGACCAACUAAAGAUGAAAAGUGAGAUUAAGGUGGACCACAGCAACAACACAGAUGAUGAGGCCGAGAGUACAAGUGCCAAGUAAUGCCAUACCACCGCCAACAAUGCCAAUGACUACAAAAGCAGGACACAUAGAAAAGAAAAGGAAAUAUAUAUGUAGAAAAUGGCAUGCCCAGGGAUGCAUAUCUUCCAUGUUUUGUGAGUGUUGUUCCACCUCCUGACACAAGGUCUGUGCUCGUCUACCCACAGCAUGGCUGCUGCAGUUUUGGGGUCUGCAGUGUGACAUGCUGCAUACUGCUAUGUCGAUGCACUGAAAACACCAGAAGAGAGAGUAAAGGGGUAAAAAAGUAGUGCAUCCAUUAACAUGGCUUCCACUGGAAUAACAAGUCAAAAGUACAAGUUUGAAACAUGCUUUGCUUUACCAUGGAAAUGUACAAAAGCACCUGCAAUGAUUGAGGAGUCUUGGAAGGCCUGAAAACAUUUUGGCACUUGUAUGAUAGUGAAUCUGAAACUCAUUUUAUGAGAAGCUAAGCAUUCUAGGCUACCAUUAAGAAGAGAAAACUACAUUGUAUUGAUAUUUAUUUUCCUAUAUAUUUUCUUAAUUUCUUAAUUCAUCUUGGCAUUAAAUUUGAACCAUAUUGGUCACUCUGUUCCUUUCUUUUGUACAUUUGAUAGGUACUACCCUAGUUGUUGACUACACACAUACUACACUUCCUAAGGACCAGUUAGCCCAGUGCAUACUACAACAGUCAGCAUAGUUUAGGUGAUCACUUUAUCCUUGUGACAUUAAUUGAAUUCCAACUCUAACAUUGUGUUCAGUGUUCUCAAGUUUUAGGUUUAAAGAAACUCAAGCAAGUGUUCUGAGGUAUGUAUGAGUACUUUGUAUACAUCGUUUCUUGUCAAUUCAAGUUGGAGAUAAAAUGGGGAAAAACUUAUGAUUAAAAUCUGAAGUGAAAUAUUUGACAAUCUAUGGCACUGCUCACUACUUGUACCUACACUUUCAUUUAUGAGUAUUGAAUAUUCUUUGCAAAAAAAUUGGUGUCACAUAAAUAUUUGAAAUAUUUGAUCAGCUUCAAGUUGAUUGGUCAUAGGCACUGCUCCCUUGUGUGUGUGUGUGUGUGUGUGUGUGUGUGUGUGUGUGUGUGUGUGUGUGUGUGUGUGUGUGAGAGAGAGAGAGAGAGAGAGAGAGAGAGAGAGAGAGAGAGAGAGAGAGAGAGAGAGAGAGAAUUUACUGGAGGCAUUCCUAUGCUCCUUAGGCUACGGCACUGUGUGUGUGUGUGUGUGUGUGUACCAUGUUUGUAUUACUGUGUAGGAAUUAGAUUCUCACUCUGACAAGUUUGUAACUUGUCAUUGUCAGAAUUAUGAUUGGUAAUGAUUGAAUGUGUUGCACUCUGGUGCCACACCUCCUUGGGGUCACAUUGUGUGUGUAUUCACCUAGUUGUAUUCACCUAGUUGUAACUUUACAGGGCCUGGGUAUGUGUGUGUGUGUGUGUGUGUGUGUGUGUGUGUGUGUGUGUGGGGGGAGGUGGGAGGGUCAGGGAGGAAGCAGUAUGAUUGAUUGUAAUGGUGUUGAAGGCAGACAUCACAGUUUGCUGCAUACAUGUACUGUAAUAUGUUAUUCUGUAAAAAUUGUUGAAAUGUUGGAUGAAAUUUAUUUGUUUUUGUAAAGCUUAGUUGAGAUUUGCUGUUCAGUUAUUGGUGCUGUCAUGUAUGUUUUAAUUCACACAGGUUUACUUAAAAGUACACUUUAGAAAUAGUGCUGGGGAAAGGUUGCAUUUUUCUCCCUGUGAAUCCUAUACUUAAUGUACUGUGUACUGUAUUACCGUAAGGUCUUAGGCAGCCGAAGCAAAUGUUUCUCUAGUUUCAUACUUUUUGUACAAAUGCUUUACUUAUUUUACUUAUGAUAUUAUUUGAUUUUUUGUACCAGAAAUAUUUAUUUUACAGAUGUAUGAGAAUAAACUGCAAAUUUAC